GCCCCCUGCACACGGGUGUAUGUUCAUCAGGGACCCAUAAGAAGGAUAAUCUGACUGUCCUCAAAGGAUCAAAAUCCUAAUGGUGGUGUGUCUGACAAAGUGAUGGGCCAUUAGAGAUGCUGUUUGGUGACAGGAGGAGCUUCUCUGAGUUAUAUCAACCACUGUAUGUGCUCUGACCACCCAAGGUGUUGUAGGCAGAUUUGUGCAGAUUUGUUUUAAAUCCUGUGAGGAAGGAGGGAAGGAGUGCAAGAUCAGAGCUGGAGACCGAGGCAGGCUGACAGACAGCAGUAGGGACACCGACACCUCAAGGUCCUCUGGGCCUUGACUUCACACCGCUGGAUGCCGGGAUGAAGUGGAUGCCUGGUCAGAGGCACUCGCGCCAGCAGGCAGAGGCUGCGCUGGAGCAGGAGCCAAUCAGAAGACCUUGUUGGGGAGCCGUCCCUCCCGGGAAGAUGCAGGUGCUUGUGAUGCUGCUGGCUGCAGGGGGCACCUGCCUGGCCCUGCUGGCAGCAGCUGCAGCGGCCGUCAACCCUGGCCGACCCAACACCCCCAGCUCGCUGCCCGUUCACCGGCGCCAGAAGAGAGACUGGAUCUGGAACCAGAUGCACAUCGAUGAAGAGAAAAACGGCUCACUGCCCCACUACGUGGGCAAGAUUAAAUCAAGCGUGAACCGCAAGAACACCAAGUACCAGCUCAAAGGAGAGUCUGCUGGCAAGGUCUUCCAGGUUGACGAGAGCACAGGGGACGUGUAUGCCUUUGAGAGGCUGGACAGGGAGAAGAUCUCUGAAUACCACCUCAUCGCCCUCGUGGUGGACAAGGACACUGAGAAGAACCUGGAGUCUCCUUCCAGCUUCACCAUCAAAGUUCACGAUAUCAAUGACAACUGGCCUGUGUUCACGCACCGGGUGUUCAAUGCCUCCGUGCCCGAGAUGUCAGGGAUAGGGCUGGCAUGCCAAGAGCGUAGCCUUUGCACAUGA